GGACUUAUCCAGAGAUCGGAGGGUGUGUCAGGUCCCAUUUGGAGGAAUGGUUCUGUUCUCUAACGUUAUACCGCACCGCAGCCUUCCCAACACGACGAACCAGAUCCGGUGGACAGUUGACUUAAGAUGGCAGCGCCUGGACUGUCCGAGCGGACUAUGGGGAUUGAAAGAGAAGAUUGCUAUGCGAUCUUCAGACAAUCCGAACCUUGACAUAGACUGGGAGACGUUUGACUCGGUCGAUAGAAACGCCCAACAGAAGGCAUCAGUGGCGGGACAAACCGAGGGGGCGGACGACCCGGAUCUAGAUACAACUAUCACUGGACCCUGGAUGAAGCAAUGGGAAAUUGUCCACAUGAACAGACAUGUCAAGGUGUAAACACGUGUGUAGUUUCGUGGCUAACUUCUCUAUUUUACAUAACAAUUUUGGCUAUUCACGAACAUAUCAAAAGCAGUUUAAUUAAAAACAAAUAACAGAAAAGAUUUUCUUUUCACACAAGCUACCGUAUAUCUUUGGGUCAAAAGGAAUACAAACGGAACAAGUGAUACAAAAUGCUUCAAUGAUUUUACAAGCUACCGUAUAUCUUUGUGUCAAAAGGAAUACAAACGGAACAAGUGUUGCAAAAUGGUUUAAUGAUCUCACAAGCUACCGUAUAUCUUUGGGUCAAAAGGAAUACAAACGGAACAAGUGUUACAAAAUGGGUCAAUGAUCUCACAAGCUACCGUAUAUCUUUGGGUCAAAAGGAAUAUAAACGGAACAAGUGUUAUAAAAUGCUUCCAUGAUCUGUUCGCUAGAGUAUCAACCUGGAAUGGAUUUAAACUUUAGGCGGUCUGGCUGAUAUAAUGAGGACUGAAUGACAAUGUAUUGACCUUAGCUGUGCAUUGUAAAAGUGCUUGCUGUCUAUUGUUUUAAUUCAAAUCAUAAGCGCUGACCAAAUGACCGCAAAAAUAUGUGGACGUUUUUGCUUAAUGCAUACCGCUUGGAUAGUUACGUACUUCUCCCGUCCCUGUUAACCUCGAUCGUUACUAACAACAACACCCACAGGGACAACUUAAUAAUUUACAACACGCGCGACGAUUUUGAUUUACUGAUCGUUAACUUAACUUAAUUGAUAAUAAUGGUGUUUUCUUUUAUUCUUUUCACCCCAUUCAUUUAAGCGAUUAUGAGUUCAUAAACUAAAUAAAUGACAAUUUUGCUGACAUUUUGGUAUACUCUUGCUGGUUUUAUAUGAGGUCGAACUGUACAUUGUGGCAAUCUGACUUAUCGAUUAGUUAGGCCUUAUACCGGAUACGUGUGUUUUCGUGUGUGUAAACCUCGUUCUGGCAAUCUAUUAAACAUGGCUGACAAAGAUUGACAUCUGAUCAUGAGUUGUUACUCGAACACAACAUGGUGUCAGGAGUAAAGUCAAGAAAUCAGCGAACCGUAGGCUAUAUGGGUAAACAACUCAAGUACAUCAGAAUUUUGCUCAGAAAAACUAAAUAAUACUUGAUAAACAACCUACUCGACGGUCUCCCCUCACCGACAUACUGAUUACUGUACCAAAGCACGUGGUUCGCCAUUUUGAAAAAAACCUAACAUUUUCCCUCAGAGCUACUGUUACAGCUCACUUGUUGUUGUCAACAUGGAACACGCCCACCCCCAGAGCUAGAGUUUACAGCUACGGCGAUCUCCCAAAAAGUAGGAGAUGUUGGAAACAAACGAUGGAAUUAUACCUGGACAUUGCGGUGCAUGGGUGGGAUCAAAAAGAUAAAUGUGCCGCCUUUCUGUACCUUAAAGGCCAAGAUAGUAGAGAACUUUUCAACGCGUUAACGCUUCUAGAUGACGAUAAGGACAAAAUAGAUGUACUUUCCGAUAAAUUCAAAGAUUACUUUGCACCAAUAGAGAAUAUCACUGUCUGGCGUCAUCGAUUCUAUACCCGUUCUCAGCACAAAAACGAAGCAAUCGAUCAGUAUGUAACAGAUCUCAGGUUGAUAGCAAAAACAUGCAAUUCGCUCCAAUUAAAGACGAGAUGAUCAGGGAUAGAAUAGUCUGUGGAGUGAACUCAGAAAAAUUAAAGGAAAGAUUACUCCUGCAAUCCGCCCAGUUCUUUUGCCACGUCAUCGUGUAGCACGUCUGGACUGGU